UGGGGUUAAGUGUCAAACUGUCAUUCAUUAUUUUCGUUAGAAAUAUUGGAUAAUGUGAUUAUUUUUCUAUGGUGUAAUAGAGAAAAAUAUAUCGGAGUAUUAGCUAAUGAUACAGAAAACUAUUUAUUUUAGAGUAUUCUGUGAGAUCAGAUAAACUGGAGUGAUUUUUGGUUUACACUUGUGAAACAGCGUGUUAUUCAUUAUGGAUGAACACAGGAGUGUUGAAGAUACACCAGCUUCUCAGAGGCUGACUAAUGAUGACUUUAGAAAACUCUUGAUGACUCCUAGAGCAACCCCAUCGGGGGGUGGAGCACACCCUGUGGGCUCUGUGCGAGAAGCUAUGGCAAACGCUGGAUCAAUGCCACCUCCUACUGAGAACAAGAGUGAGUUACGUCGCAAAAAGAAAUCAUAUUACGCAGCUUUGAAGAAGCAAGAAGACAAUAAGUUAGCAGAACUUGCAGAGAAGUACAGAGACAGAGCUCGAGAAAGGAGAGACGGUCUCAAUGAACUUGGACCUACUGAUCCUACAAGCAACACUAGUAGUGCAUAUAGAGCAGUAGCUCCUGAUUUGAAAUCAGGAAUGGAUGCCAAAGAAAGAAGAAGACAGAUGAUUCAGGAAUCCAAAUAUCUCGGUGGUGACAUGGAACACACUCACUUGGUUAAAGGUCUUGAUUAUGCGUUAUUACAAAAGGUUAGAUCAGAGAUUCAAAAUCGGGAACAAGAGCAAGAAGCAGAAAUGGAGAGACUAGUGGAGGCACCCAUUAUUGAACCUGUUAAGGAGAAGAAAGAGAUACCGGUGGAUGAAGAAUUACAAUUCAAUACAACUGUAGGAAAGAAUAUUUACAACAUGAUAUUGGAACAAAAGAAUAAAAAAGUGGUUAGAAACGAGUUGUUCGCUCCUGGUCGUAUGGCAUACGUUGUGGAGCUGGAAGACGAAGGUGCGAUGGACAGUGACAUCCCCACCACGCUCACCCGCAGCAAGGCUGAUGUACCGGAAUUAGACGAAAGGAGUUCAGCCACAGCCGCUAAUGACGUAGUUCUAGAUAAACUGGCUCAAAUAUUCUCAUAUUUAAGACAUGGAAGGCAUAGGAAAUUGAAGAAGACUAAGGAUAAAGCGACGGAAAAAGGUCGUAAUGAUGAUUCAAUCUACGGCGAGAUCGGAGAGUACGUGGCGGAGCGACGCAGCGACCGCCGCGACGACAGACCGCGCUCCGGAUACUUCGACAAACCUGUGGAGACGGAGAAGGAGGAAGUUCCCGUACCACGUCGUGCCGCGGGUGUGGCGGGCGGGGUGGCGGGGGCGGAGCGCGAGUCGCGGUCUGCGGCGCUGCUGUCGCGGCUGGCGGCGGAGCCCGAGGGCUACGCGGAGUGCUACCCCGGCCUGCGGGAGAUGGACGACGCUAUAGAUGACUCUGAUGACGAAGUCGAUUAUACGAAGAUGGAUGCUGGCAAUAAGAAGGGACCUAUAGGUCGUUGGGACUUCGACACACAAGAAGAGUAUUCAGCAUACAUGAGCAGUAAGGAAGCGUUACCGAAGGCAGCAUUCCAGUACGGCGUGAAGACGCAGGACGGCCGCAAGACAAGGAAGACUAAAGAUAAGAGCGAGAAAGCAGAACUUGAUAGGGAAUGGCAACAGAUCCAAAAUAUAAUACAGAAAAGAAAAGCACCAUUGUCAGCAGAUGAACCCAACUUCAAAACACCAAAGUAUUAAUUGUAUAGAGACACGACAUUUAAAAAAUAUAUAGAGUAGACAUAGGGAACAUAAAUAAAGAGGAAGACCGAAGAAAGUAUGGAUGGAUUCUGUGAAAGAGGAUAUGCUUAAGAAAGGUGUGGAUUCAGUUAUG